AUGUUCACACCCAACACCGAAACCGACCCGGGCCAAGGAGGCCGAUCAGGCUUCAGCGCAACACACCACCCCUUCACUGCCCCCCUAACCGACGCAGACGUCGAGCUGAUGGUUACCAACCCCCUAGCCGCAAGGGCAGACCACUACGACCUCGUCCUCAACGGGGUUGAGCUAGGUGGUGGGUCGAGAAGGAUCCACACGGCGAAAAUGCAGGAGUAUGUCUUUAGGGAAAUUCUCAAAAUGUCCGACAAGGGUGUCAAGCAAUUCUCUCAUCUACUCGAAGCGUUAAGAGCGGGGUGUCCGCCACACGCAGGGUUCGCGUUGGGGUUUGAUCGGCUCUGUGCGGUGCUCACAGGGACAGACUCAGUAAGGGAUGUGAUUGCUUUUCCAAAGAGUAUGAAAGGGGAGGAUUUGACGGUCAGGUCGCCGGGCAAGAUUACUAGUGAGGAGUUGGGGACGUAUCAUUUGGCUUUUAGACCCAAGGAGGAGAAGAAGAAGGAAUGA